AAAUAAUAAAAUUGAAUAGAAUAAAAGAAAAUUAUGGAUAGAAAUACAGAAACUAAUUUAGAUCAAAAAGAAAAAUCUAGUUCCAAAAACAAAAAUUCUACCUCUUUGGAUGGUGAAAUGGGUGUACAAAUGAAAAAGUCUUCCUUCACACUAAAGGAACAAAACAGUGGCAAUAUUUUAACUGUGCAUCAUACAAUUAAGGAAAAUAAUAAAAUGUUACGUAUUGUUUUGAAUGUUUGUUGUUUCGAUGUGCGUGGAACACAUAUGUUGGCCAUUGAUAGGAGGGGUUGUAUUUUUGUUUUCAAUUUUACCUCAAAAAGGUAUUGGCGACAUAAUGAAAGAGUGCAAAAGCCUAGUGUGGCUGUAGCUUCUUGGAAGGAUCCUAAUCAAUAUGUUAUAGGCACCAAAGAGGGUAUUCUAGUGCUAUUAGAUGUGGAAAAACCCAAUCUACUUAAGCAAAGCAAAAUUUCCGAAGAAACCAUCAGUGAAAUUUCAUUUCCAGGCCAACCUUUGGAACCGAAAAAUCUAGCUAUAAUACGCACUGGUCACUCAGCACUUCUCAUGGACUUGGAUACGUUUAACUGCUCGUAUCGUUUAGAUUUCGAUAAAAUUAUUAUGUCUCUAAAAUUUGCUUCCUUUCUACCCAAUUCGGAACAUAUAAUGACUGCUUUCACCAAUGAUACUUUACACAUAUGGUCUGGCGUUACUUUAGAAGUUGUACGCAUUAUUUAUCCCCUUAAGCUGAGAGAUAAAAAGUUACACUCUCAAGAACAAAAUCCAGAUAUUAAAGAUAUACCGGAAUUUUCCCUAGAUUCAGCUAUGAAAGAUGUAACAAAACAAGCCGAAUGUUUCCCCAAAUUUAUCAAUAAAAAUCUUACGGAUGGUUUAAUUAUUUCGUAUGCCUAUAAAACUGAAGGCUCUGCAUUGAUAUUAUCCACCUGGGAUAAUUAUUUAUUAAUUUUAAGUGUUUAUACCUUUGAAAUCAGUCUCAUGUAUCGCUUAAAGGAUUUUGUGUUAUUACAGUUGGCCGUUUUGUCUAAACCUAAUGACACUUUUGUGCUGGGCCUAACAAAUCGUAAAAUGAUAGUUUUAUUGGAUUGUGAAAAUGUCGAAUAUAAAUUGAUAGUAGAUCUAGGGCCAUCACGUUAUUUAUCAAUUUCUUUAGAUAACAAGUAUUUGGCAAUUUCCCAAAUAUCAGGUGAAUUAAGUGUUUGGUCUUUGGGACAUUUGUUGGCGGUUUUAAAAUCACAAAAGAACUGUAUGUCUCUGCUGAGAACAGCCUUUAAACAAAAGAAAACAGUAAAAAUGCCCUGCAAUGAAAGCGAAAGCCAAUUUCAAGAGGAGCUUAAGAAACUCUUAACACCCCAACGUUUACAGCAGAUUUUACAAGAAUAUCAUUGUUAUCCGGCCAAAUAUCGUCCAAUAAUAUGGUGUUCUUUGUUGCAAUUGCCCAAUAAUCGCCUACAGUACCAGGAACUUUUACAAAUGGGUGUGCCCUCGGCAGUUGAUAUGCAAGCCAAAAGUAUCCACAUAAAAAAUGCCACUUUAAAAAGAUCUCUAAUCAAAUGCUGGUCUUGCCUGUCGCAAUGGUGUAAAGUUUUAGCAUACAGCGAAAUAUUGCCAGGUCUUAUAUUUCCUUUUGUGAAAAUGUUCCAGCAAAAUCCUCUUACUGCAUUUGAAGUAUGCUGCACUUUAAUACAAAAUCAAUUUCAGUUAUUUUUCGAAUAUCAUCCUCUAGAAGCCACCAACUAUUUGGGUUUAUGUACAAAUAUUCUCCAGCACUUUGACAAUGCUCUGUUUGAAUUCUAUAAAUCAAAAGAUAUUUCAGCUUCAAUAUUUGCCUGGUCUUUGUUGAAAAAUGCCUUUUCCGAAGUUUUGGACGAAGACCAGUGGCUGCGUUUGUGGGACAAUGCCCUCUCAGCUCCACCCUAUUAUCUCUGUUUUGUGGUGGUAGCCUACAGUAUUUUGCAAAAAGAACUCAUCGCCAGACUGCCGGAUAAAAAUGUUAUAGAAAUAUUUUUCCAAGAACAAAAUCCCAUAGAUGUUAAUAAAUUAAUUUCUAAAGCAUUUAAAUUAUUAAACAAAUGUCCGGCGUCUUUACAUCCCCAGAGAUACUUUUCGCCAUUUAAAGCCUUGCCAAACAAUGUUUAUCCGAAAUUCUUUAAAUAUCCGCAAAAAUGUUUAAACAAAUACGAGGAAAAAGUUGAGGACUUGCAAAAAGUUCACACCGCUUUGGAUGCCCGUAUGCGUGAGUUAGAAUUGGAGGAAUUGCAUUUGCUGCAGCGUCUGGAGAAUGGUUUGCGCCAGGAAGAACAUACAAAAAGAAUAAAAGAUAUUGAAGCAUAUUAUCAGAACACUAUAAAACGAGAAGAGGAGCGUAUCAAUUGCCAGCGUAAAAUGUUGUUAUUGUAUCAAAAGGAGAUACGACAGCGCAAAGGUGAGGUGGUGGCAGUUCUUCAGGAUUCUUCAAAACGCAAGGCUUUGCUACAAAAGGAACGAGAAUUGCAUUGUUUACAAAAUCACAUAGAAAAUGAGCGUAUGCGCAAUGAUUUAAACUUAAUGUGGGCGGAGGAGGAAUUAUAUAAUCAAGAUAUGGAGUUGUUGUCUCAAAAAUCCCUAGAGCAAUCUUUAACACAACCCUUAAAUAGCAAAUAUUAUGAUGAAAUUAAAACACUCUGCCAGGAACAGGAGUUGUUGAAUAAUGAUCUCAAAAUGAUUACUUCCCUCAAUAGUCCCCAAACUACCAAUGUUAAUAACAAAUUGCCUAACCACUAUUUGGAUGAUUUAGAACGUAAAUUAGACAAUAUUCAGUAUGAAUUCAAAAAACUAACAAAAACAACAUAAACAUUAUGUAAUAAAAUGGCAAUAGAUGGAUGAUGAAUAAGGAAAACGCCCAUCAAAAGCUUAGUAGCGUCUAAAGCAUUCUUUAUUUAAAUUAACCAUCAUUGAUUUACUUAAA